UAAGCACUGGACUUUCGGUCCAUCCAUAUUAGGGUUUUGCCCUUUUAAGGUCUGCCGGUUUGCAACUCUGCUCCCUGCAGCUGCUCUCGUCCUUCACGUUUCCUGAUUUCGCUGUAGUCGCAAACACAAGGCAAAAUGCAGAACGAAGAGGGUCAAAACAUGGAUCUGUACAUCCCCAGGAAAUGUUCUGCCACAAAUAGGCUAAUUACUUCAAAGGACCAUGCAUCUGUUCAGAUAAACAUAGGGCAUGUGGACGAGGAUGGAGUGUUCACUGGUCAAUUCUCCACCUUCGCUCUAUGUGGUUUUGUCCGUGCUCAGGGAGAUGCCGACAGCGCUGUGGAUCGGCUCUGGCAGAAGAAGAAGGCGGAAGUCCGACAGCAUUAGAAAAAGAUAAUCAAGCUUUUUAUCCAGUAAAAAUGUUUAAUAUGUAGUUGCGUGUAGUAGGGAGGUAGGCGUGUGCAAGGAUUUUUGACUCCUCUAUUACUAGUCAUGAAUUUAGGGUUUUUGUUAGAAUAUCUAUGUUACCAAGCAAUAUUAACUUUACUUCAGUUGCUUACAUAUUGCUUUCAACUUUGGAAAUUUCCAAACAACCUUGAUCAGGGAUGUUUGUGUAGGGCUUAUGUUUAUCAAGUAAUACAAACUCUAGGUUGUUCCAAUUGGGUGAGAAGAAGAUAUGAUGGAUUUGUGAUA